ACGCCGCUAACGGCUGGUGCGCGCGACCGGCUGCUGCCGCCUCGAGAGCGCGAGGGCGGGGGAGGGGACGAGAGGAGGAAGAGGAAGAAGAAGAAGAAGAAGAGGAAGAGGAAGAGGAGGGCGCAAGGCAGCGAGCCCGGCGGCCGCCGCCCUCCCGCCCCACCAUGAUCAAAGCCAUCCUCAUCUUCAACAACCACGGCAAGCCGCGGCUCUCCAAGUUCUACCAGCGCUAUAGUGAAGAUACGCAACAACAAAUUAUCAGAGAAACUUUCCAUUUAGUAUCGAAACGUGAUGAAAAUGUCUGUAAUUUCCUAGAAGGAGGACUAUUAAUAGGUGGAUCUGAUAACAAACUAAUUUACCGACACUAUGCUACCUUGUAUUUUGUCUUCUGUGUUGAUUCCUCAGAAAGUGAGCUUGGCAUUUUAGACCUUAUACAAGUAUUUGUGGAAACACUAGAUAAAUGUUUUGAAAAUGUCUGUGAACUGGAUUUAAUUUUCCAUGUAGACAAGGUCCACAAUAUAUUGGCCGAAAUGGUCAUGGGUGGAAUGGUUUUGGAGACCAACAUGAAUGAAAUUGUCACUCAGAUUGAUGCUCAAAAUAAACUGGAGAAAUCUGAGGCUGGUUUAGCAGGAGCUCCAGCCCGGGCUGUUUCAGCUGUAAAGAAUAUGAAUCUGCCAGAGAUCCCAAGAAAUAUUAAUAUUGGUGACAUCAGUAUAAAAGUGCCAAACCUGCCCUCUUUUAAAUAACAUGGCUACUCCAGCUUUGUCUUUUGCAUUACUGUUGUUUAUGCUACCUUUCUCUUACCUGACAACAUGGCUUCUGCUGGAAAGGAUUCUUCUCUGGACAAUUCUUCCAGACUUUUCAAGAAGCUUCUCAGUUUGUUACUGGCCGGCAAAUAUUUAAUGCAAGGCUGCGACUGACAGCUGGAGAUUUCUUACUCAGAAAAUCUUUGGACGGGAAGAAAUUCUAUAUCAGAUUUUCACAGUAAAAUUGCACUCCAUUCAAAGAGAAAUUUUCUCUCGCACACACAAGAGGUACUGUACAGGAAGUCUGAAUGGUAGUAUUUUUUCAUAAAUAAAAACAGAUGGUAUGACAAUGUGGGCUUCCUCAUAGUAGCUGAGCCUGUCUAUUUGCCACCCCUUUGCCAGAGGAGUGUCUUAGUUUGCCAGGGGGAGGUGUUUUCCUCUUACCAUGUCAUAUGAUACUGACAGGCCUUAAACUAAAACCAGUCAGAGUGAGAUGGGAUACUUGAUUGACAGAAAUGAUGGAAAUUUCUGACGGUAUUCUUACUCUUGACCUUCUAGGGCUUGCUUUGUAUUGCUGAUAUUCAGAGGUUUUCCACCAUGCUGAUCUGCUUGUAUUCAUCCCUUUCAUGAGAGUGAUCUGCCUUUUCAAUUCUUUCUCCUAUUUCACCAGUGUCCUCUUAACUACUGCUUAGAAUUUAAAAUGGAAAUAAGCUGAGGGCUGUAAAUGAUUAAGCUCUUAAUUAUAAAUUUAAAUGUUUUUAAUGCCUCUGAAACUGAAAAAAACCCACCCUCAACACAUAUAUAUGUAUGCGUGUGUGUAUACACACACACAUAUAUAUAUGUAAAAAUAAUAUUAGUCAUUUUCACUAGCUGUUGUUAAGAAGGAGGAGAAGUCAUCUUGAGUUGUCCUUUAGCUGCAGAAGCCUGGCAACUAAUUUGCAAUACUGUACCUCCACAGGGCCUGCCUUUUAAGUGAUGUUCAUCAGGGUGCCCUUAUCAGUAAAUGAAUCACUGAAAGCCAUUUUUCCUAACUGGGCAUUUCUUAGAACUGCAAGUGAAAUGUUACUAAACAGUAGCUGAGGCUAUUUGGUACUUACGGUAUGUGAGACAACAGCUCGAGUUGAUUUGUCACGUAAGGUUUUCUUUCCUAUUUAGUUCAGUUUCUCUGCUAGUGAAAUUCUCUGGGGAGAAACCUUUUCAUGUGAUCAUAGCAAUUUAACUGUAGUAGGUAUUUGUACUACUCUUUGAUAGUCCUUGAUAAAUUAUGUACAGAGCUAAUUUUAUGGAGACUAUAACAUUAAUAAUACAAAUUAGUAUUUAAGCCUUCAGAAUGUCUUAACUAAUCUAUUUUUCCUGCAUUUCCCCACACCUCCUGUUUUUCUAUUGUCAGGAAGUCCUUGUGUCAUGGGUGGUUACUUGUCUCAAUAUUCCACAAGUUAAGUAUUUUCCACAUUUGUUUGUGUUCUGGGGAUGCAGGGUGAAGUGUCCUCAGAAAGCAAGUUGGAGGCUUGGGUGUAGCGGCUGUUAAGUUUGCUUGUCUCCAAACUGUGAUUGUCUCUCUCAUUAUGAAUUACGCCUUCCAAAUUCAAAGAUAUUUAUUGUGAAACUGAGUAACGAGGAGAAGAUUAAGUCUGAUUAGCCCAUGAGAGCAACUGCUAAUUCUGGCAAGUAAUUUUUUUGUCUUUGACAAAAAAAAAUAUUUUCUGGGGUACAGACUCCCUCUCAAGUAUUGAGAGGAAAGGUGUUCGUGGCAUUUUCCUUUCAGAAGCCAAAGACUUUCUCUGAAGGCCCAUGUGGAGCAGAUGAUUUUCUUGCUUCUUGCAGGAUGGAUUCUUCUAAACAAAUGGAGAAAGGGCAGAAAGGAUAAAAUUCCUACAGAGUGAGGGGACAUUCCCAGCUGCCUCCAUAGACUUGAAACACAGCAGCUAGUUUUCCCACUCUGGCAGGGGCAAUGAGUGCUGCUGAAAAAAUCUUUUGACUCUUUACUGCUAAAAGAGAAGCAUCUCAUGUUAGAAUCACUGAGAAUGCUGUCUGCAUAGUUGACAGCACAGACAUGACAGGUACUGUGUCAAUGCACCUCCCUCUCCUACCUGAAUAGUGAAGCCCUGUUUUGAAUAUAUUUUGGGAAGGGGGAAUAUUUUACAUUACAAGUGUGUAAAAAAAUUCCUCCCCUUAAACAGAUGUUACUGCUCUGAUUUAUUCUGCUUGAUGGGAGUGGGUGGAGGAGAGUGUCACUUGUUGCAAGGGAGAGGCAGGUUCAAGCCAGAAACUCGAAUUGGCGCUGCCUUCCUGUGAGCAUAUUUGACCUUUUCUUUCUAGAAGCAUAUUCCAAUAAAUGCUAAAAUUAGUCCUGAGUUUUACUUAGGCCUAUGCUGACAGCCAAAUGGGAACUUGCUAAUGUUCUAAGGGUUACCCCAUAAAGCUCCUUGCUACUGAAUUAUAGUAUAUGUGGGGCUCAAAAUACUGAAGGAACUGGAAAUUUAAAUGUCACAAAUCAAAUAGUUGUCUGUUUAUAACUGGUAAAGAAAAACAGAGCCUAAGUCUUGCACAAAAUAUAUUUCUCAACUUCUUCACAGAGUAUCCAUAAUUUUACUAGGAGCAAGGAAAGCAGCCAAAUACUGCCAAAACUGACUAAAGGUGAACAGUUAAUUUCACAAAAAGUAAUCUCUUGUUGUUUAAUGAUUAUCAUAAUAAAUUAUAAAUCUCUCUUCUGUUCUUCAUUUAAGGAAAUUAUCUAUCAUUGCAAUUUUUGGUGUUCAGUGUUUACCCCAGUCUGCUCAAUGAGCUCAGGUAAUGUUAUUACCUCCAUUCCAUGGGUGGAAAUGCAAAGGUAGUCAGGCUGCAGUGUCAGCUUAGCAGGCAGAUUUCUCGCCUGCAGAAGUUUUGGCCUUGUGGUGCAUUAGGAGUGCGGUGACGGUGUGGUUUGACUGGGGAGGAACCGGAGGUUGAGACAUCCCCUCUUUGCGCAGACUGAGUCUGCCUGUGGCUGGAGUGCUAGAGACAUUUGAGCUGAUCCGCCAUCUGUCCCAUGAGGAGGGUGACAGGCACACUUCUGCCAUAUUCCACUGCUUUCCUGCCCAGUGUAGCUCUUCUGAAACUCAGCAGCACGCACAGGCUCCAAGUGUCCCCUUCUGGGCUGGCUCUGCUUGUCUGGCCAGCCACCAGGACUGUACCAGGAGUGGAGCACAUCCGCCUCCAGAUUCUCUCCAAUCAGAACUAUAAAUGUGUCACCAGACCUGGAGCUAAAAGCAGGCCUGUAAUGAUGACUGAGCUGCUUGGAUGGACAAGAGUAUGGUCUCCCUGUUUUCUUUUGGCUUUCAGAGUCCCAUCCACAGACCGUCUUCUGGUAUGAUUUUCAGCAUUCAGCCAGCAGAGGUGCUGUGGCACCCACGUCAAAUUUCACAGCUUCAAAUGGUUGCAGGGAACCUGCAUGAUCAGUAAUCUGCGUGUGUGUCUAAGACAUUUUGCCUUUGGUAUAGCCAUGGUAAGUUGCACCCACAUCUUCUCCACCAAAGGCCCAUUCCAACAAGUUUGAGCCAGCAGUCUGCAAAAGUGCGUAGAGAGAAGCAAAACUGGAAUGGACUCUGCUUUUAAAAAUAAUCUUUACAAUAAUUUGUUGUGCUGAUGUGUGUUACGAAAGAAAAGAUCUUUCAUGAUUCAAACAGCCAUCCCGUUCCCAAGUGAGAUGCUGUUUUACUUGAUGUCAGAAAUUGUCAGAACUUGUGGUUCUGUUCCUCCCUGGGAUGCCCUGGCAUCUCGAGUGUCAUAGUCUGCUUCAGUGGGGAGGGCUGGAUGGCUGUCAUUCUUCUGUGUCUUUUUCAGGACAGGUAUCAUCACAGAUACGAUCAGCAGGACACAUCCUGGCUGCCGUCCCUCUGCAAGGUGGUGUACACUCACACAAUAUGCGAUUUCCCUGGCAAUGUAUAGAAUACGUUGCUAUAUAGAAAUAUGUUAAUGCAUGUACCUGCAUCCUGGCUCAGGUUUCCCCUGCUCAGUUGAAAACAAGGACAGGUAAGCACUGGUUAGGGACAAGCCAUUAUUACACAGACCUGCAUGCUGGAGUCGUGGUGCAGGCAAAGGAGGGAAAAAGUUAAUAAGCCCCCUUGGCUGUGGAAAUUGCGGUUCUUAGGAAUCUGUUAUAGGCCAUUUAAGUAGUUUAAUCCCACUAUAGUAUCUCUUUAGUUUAAGUUGGAUUACUAAAAUACUAAUAUCCAGGCGUUGUGGGUUAGCACACCACCAAAUACAGCUGUCCUGUCUGUGUCCUCUCCCAACUUCUUGUGCACGCCCAGCCUCCUCGCUGAUGGGGCAGCGUGAGAAAAGGCUUUGACGCUGUGUAAGAACUGCUCAGCAACAGCUGGGACAUCAGUAUGCUAUCAGCACUGUUCUGGCCACAAAUCUGAAACAUGGCACCAUAUGAGCUACUGUGAAGACAAUUAACUCUAUCCCACCCAAACCCAAGAAAAUAGUAAGACAGGUAGUAGGAUGAGGGAAGACAAGGUGGUAGGGUAGUAACUCAGUAGGGCUUUGCAUCGUGAUUAAAGUCAUUAUUUUGAAUUCAUUCUUUCGUAAGUGUGUAUAAUGAAGGGCUUCCUGCUAAAUCUUACUUAGGUUUCCCGUGAGGGAAAGAGUCAGGAGAGGGCUUGGAUGAAAAGAAAUCGGUAGUUUGAAGAGCAGCUUAAAAAGAAUGCUGCCCAAAAGAAAAGCCUAAAGGAAGGAAAACACAGGAUAAGGAAGGUUGUAAAAGAAGAAGGUGCUGAAUGGGUUGUUUUAUAAUCCAGGGAUAAAAGUGUGACAGCGUUACGGAAUAAUUUAUUAGGUUAACUGAUACAUACAGAAAAAUGGACAAGCCUUUGCAAAACCAGAUCUUUUUCACGGCAAAAGGCAGCAAGCUUUAAAUUGCUUCUAAGAUACAUGUGGUUUUUUCUGACAGUUGCUGGUUGGUCUAGUAUUACUUUUCUGACAAAUGACAUCUAAAGCUGGCAUGAGCGAUAAGGAAGCAGUAACAGAGAAACACACAAGAAGGAAGCAAAUUGGAUUUGAAUAUGAGAAAAGAGAAAAUGUGAUGUUUCAUACUAAGUGCUGCAUGGUAUUAAAAGUGUUUGCAAACAUAAGAAAUUACUUAGAUGAUGUUUGUGCGCUUUCUGACACCAAACAGGUACUAGGGCUGCUGGUGGGGUGAGUAUUUAAGGUGCGUAGUGGUAGCAGCUGAGUUCCCCCCCCGGCCCUUGGCCUGUAAGGGCUGAGGACGUGCUGCUGUGGCGGCCGGCUGCAGACCCACCCCACGGCGGGUGGCAAAAGCAGAGCUGUGCCUGGGCAGCAGUGGGGAGGCUGAGCGCGGGAUGUUUCAAGUUAGGGAGAACAGUCAAGAAAGGAGAGUCAGUCUGUGGCCAGAAGAUGUGCCACCAGUGGCUUUCCACUUUGUUUAGUCUUUUUAUUACAUUUAAACACUGCUGGAGGUUUGGGAGUUUCAGUGACUAAUGACCAAACAAAGAUGUGUUUAGCACACUGAGUUGCAGCACAGGGCCAGUACAAAUAUAUUAUAGUAUGAUUUUAUGUUGCCCCCAACUUAAUUAUUACACCAUGUGUUUCCUUUGCCUUAACAAAAUUGUUCUCUUUUCCCCUCCGUAGGGUUUCUGGGUUUCCGUAUUAAAAAAAAAUAAUCUAUCCCUUCCUUCAGAGUUCUUGUAGAGGUCUUAAUUCUUCUUCGUAAAGAUCUAACAGGUGAGAGUUUUGGGGAGGAAGUUCAAGGGUAGCAUUGGUUUAUAGUUGAUCUGAGGGACAGCAAGGGUUCACAGCUUCACGUUGUGGCAGAUCCUCUAACCCACUGGCUCACAGCGCACACGGGGAGCUGCAGAGCCCCCAUUUAGCUGGAGAAGCAACUGUAACCCCAGCUUCUCUGCAUGAGGGGCCAUUUAGCUCCCUUGCUUGGAAUCAGGCGAGAGUCUGUUUUUGACAAAAUCCCUCAAUUUAAUGGAUUCAAAUCAAAGGAGUAGAAAACUUUGGGAUGGGAGUAGGGGCUGAAAAAGGGAGUUUCUUGGCAAGGAGAGAACGGGAGUUGAGGACAGUUUGGGAAAAACAGUUUGAGAGAGGGAGGUGGUGGAGAAAGUCAUGGGACGGAGGACAUGUACACGGAGGGCAUGUUAAGAAAUUUCUGAAGAGAAAACAGAAGGAUGACUCAUGUAUGUAGGAUGGGAGAGUAAGAUGCUACUGGGAGAGUCUGCUGCACAGGGUGAAGUUUGCUGGAGGACUGCCAGGUAAGAAAAUCAGGAAGGGCUGUGAGUUUGCUGCAAAGCUGUUUGACUGGAUAAAGAGUACGGAUCCGAUCAAGCCAUUGGGGAGGACUAAGGGGAAAUUUUCUCUUCAGACUGGUCUGGAAUGUCUUCUCCAGGUGGACAGAAUUUUCCACCAUAAACGAAAUCUUAAUACCAAACCCACAUUUAUUCUAUUUUGUGAACGCAGUAAUUGCUCCAGAAUAAAAGCAAUUUUAUUCAUGCUAGAGAAUUUGCAUGACUUACGCCAAAGUUAUUUGCCAAAGUAUACAGGUCCAAAUGAGAGCUAUAAAACUUCUUGGUCUUGGAGUGAAUACGUCAAAGUUGUGUUGUUUUUAUUAGUGCAUUGUUUUAGUAUAAACUUACAUUUAAAUGGUAUUGCAUGUGCCUUUCUGGUUAUGGAAUUGUUUGGGUGGAGGGACUAACAGAGAGAGGAAUGUGAAUCAAGGAAGGGAUCUAGGGGUUAUUGCUGAUGCUUAUGGAGGAAAAUGGCAUCAGAGAUCUAUUGGAAAUUUGUUGACUUAUGAAAUUUCUAAGCUAGUGUGCAGGAGUGGGCUCAGGAGGAAGAUAGACAGACAGACAGGUAGAUAAAAGUACAAUAAUUUGUUUUUCUGCUACCUCUCUAAACUCUUUUUCUAACCAUGAAAAUAUGCUUUGUCCAAGCUGAAUGAACCAUAGCCUUACUUACAUGGCAGCUUUGCCAGGACAACUUUGCAGUGUACGUAUUGUCUACUGCUAGGUGGCGAUUGAGGAAUAAUCAUAACUGUCAUGAUUAAACAUAAUUUAUCAUGGUGUUUCUGCAGUUUAAAAAAACAACCCCCUCCACAACAGAUACCCACACAAAAUGUCCAAUUUAGGUAACCUCUGCUCUCUUUCCUGUGUUUUCUUAAUGAACAGAAUCUUACAAAAGUUAAGCAAUCAGGAAGUUAGAGUUGUAGCUGUCUAAAGUGCACUUCUAAUCUGAAAAAUCAUAUGAAGAAGUAAUAGCCUGCAAAAUGUUGAUCCGUAAGACGUCGUGAAGACCAUCAUAUUUGAAUCCCUGAAGUCUGCGUUUUGUUUAAAUAUGUUCUCUUUUCUGUCCCUUUUAUUAUGAGGAUAACCUUGAAAAGUACAUUUUUAAAUGUUUUUGAGCUUGAGGUGGUCUGACUAGGUGUGAUCGGGAUGUCUUCAGAUCUACUUAUGAAGUAGUACACUUAAGCUCCACCAGACACAGCAGUCAUACUGCUUGGCACAGCCAGCAAAGAGGCUGUGUUACUGCCUUGCGUAGCGCUUACGUGGUGACAGUAUAAAUGUCCCCCUGUAAAGGAGAUUAAGGAUUGUGACCUAAACUGUCCUGGCUGCGAUGGUGCACUCAUGCUGCUUCACGAUGGGCUGUGCUUUGGGGAAGGAAGAGGCACAAGCACACUGUGUUUGAAGAGGGCUGUCAGACUUCAGGCACACAAAAGUAUCCUGUUCAUUCGCACUGCGCUGUGACUCACUGAUAUAAUUGGAAACACACUCUGUUUAUUUGUAUCCCGAAAACUAAUGAGCUUAACUGACUCCUCCUUUAGGAAUAUUGAGAUACAUCUUGUGUUUCGAUGGAUCACCAAGCCUAGCAUUUUCAUGGUCAACAUCGUUGUUUGUUUAGAAAUAUCAUAAUUCCCUACCACAUAGUAAUUCCCAAAUGCAACCACUCAUAAAUAAAUACAGAGCAGCUUGUUUAUCUUGGGAGAGAGGCAUCAAUUCAGCAGGUUAGGAAUUUUGCAACAUAAGGCUUUUGGAAAAUGGUGAUUAGCUGCGAGCAGAGCUGUUAAUGGGUGAAUCAGAGUUGAUAGGAAUUUUUGCUAAGGGUGUUGACUGCAUGCAAUUUUUGCUUGAAAUCAAAGGAGCUCUGAAAGCAGCACCUGUGCAUGGAUUGAUGGUGCCCUGCAGUCAAAUAGUAGUUCCAGUAACAAAACGUUAUUCUCUACUCUGAGUUUCUCAUUAGCUGUUUCUUUGCAGGAAAUCUUGAAGGAUCUUGGUUUUCUCCCUGAAUGGAACAGGAACAGUUUUCAAAGUUUGAAAAGUGUCCGGACACGCCUCCUAACCAUUUCCGAACUGUAAUUGUCUUAAUAUACCAUCUUUUUUAAUUUUACUAGUAAAACUUACAAACUGUCUGCCAAGUCACAUUCAAUACAGAUGAUAUACAAUAUUUAUUUUUAUCAUACAUUUUCCUAAUGAAACACAAGUAUGGGAAUUAAGGUAAAAUACUGCAUCAUGACGACCAAGAUCCUAAGGAGGUUGGUGACAUUUAGCAAGACAUGAUGUUUCAAAUGUAGCCAUUUUGAAUGACUGGUCUGAAUUAUACUCAUGUGAGAGAGUCAUGUAUGAUAAACAGAUUUUCACUGUUAGAUCCUAGUGAUAUGAAGGUUUA